AUGUCGACAUUUGCCGUCGGCAAGACAACCGGGGAUGAGCACCGCCCGUUGCUCCCGUCAACGCCGGGCCCGAAGCCGAGGCGCCAGAAGCGCGCGAGGGCGGCGCUGGGCCGGGUAUGUGAGACCAUCGCCUGGGCCUUCUUCCUGGGUUUUGCCCUCUGCGCCUUCAUAGACAUGUACUUCCACCGCGACGCCUGGUGGCCCCAGUCGGACCUGUCUGCCACGUCGCUGGAGACGUGCGCCUGGUCCCACCUGGGGCCACAUGUCGGCCUCGUGGACGUGGCCCCCAUCAGCCGCGAGGAGUUCCUCCGGCGGCAGGGCACCCUGGCCGGCGAGCUCCGGGCUGCCGGCGCCGACGCCUUCAUCGCCGAGCCGUCGGCGUCGUCGGCCUACUACGCCAACGUCUCGUGCGAGUUCGACCUCUCGGAGCGGCCCUUCCUCGUGAUCAUAGACAAGGACGCGCACUUCUCCUACCUCGUCCCCAAGUUCGAGGCGGGCCGCAUCGCGGGCCUGGAGAUGGUCUACAGCGACAAGACCGUCAUCGAGUGGGCCGAGGAGGAGUCGCCGUAUGAGGUCCUCGCGAGGGCCACGGGCUACUCCAAGGUCGUCCUGGACGAGCACGCGCGGUUCAUGAUCGCCGCGGGGCUGCAGGGGGCGGGCGUCGAGGUCGUCCCCAUGACCGAGGCGAUCCAGUCGCUCCGGUCCGUGAAGACGGACGCGGAGGUAGAGAUACUGAAGGGCAUCAACGCCUUCACACUGGAGCUGGUCCGCUCGCUGCAGAAGUGCAUCAAGGUCGGCGUGACGCAAGAGACAGUCGUGACCUCGGCCAAGGCCCUGUUCACCCGCGCCGGCGUGGGCAGGGGCUUCUGGUCCAUCGUCCUCUUCGGCGACCAGGCGGCCUACCCCCACGGGGGCAAGCACGGCAAGACGCUCGGGGAAGGGGAGUUUGUGCUGAUCGACAUUGGCUCCAAGCUGCAUGACUACGGCAGCGACGUGACGCGGACGAUCCUGCCCUCCGGAGGGCAGGUCAGCGACGGGCUGAAAGGCAUUUGGAAGACUGUCCACGAGGCCCAGUCUGCGGGGUUCAACCUUAUGCACCCGAAUGAGACCUGCUCCGAGGUUGAUUCUGCUUCGCGUAAGCCUGUCUCUGACGCCGGGUAUGCGGAGUUCUAUACGCAUCGUCUCGGCCACGGAUUAGGUUUGGAGAUGCAUGAGCACCCCUACCUGAACGGGGCGAACAGUGAGAAGCUGAAGGUCGGGGAGGUUGUGACGAAUGAGCCGGGCAUCUAUGUGACAAGUGAACAGGCCUACAGGGUCGGAAGAGAAGUCGGCUUCGGGGUCAGGCUCGAGGAUCCGAUUCUUGUCACGAAGAAGGGCGGUGUCCCGCUGACUGGCAGCAGAGCGAAGUCCCCAUAUGAACCCUGA